AGGUUAGAGGCCAUCGCUAAAAGGUUGGAGGCCAUCGCUAGACGCGAUUUGAAAAGCAAUCAAUGUUUGAGCCAUUUCUGUCCAAGGAAGUGUUGGUCUGUGCGGUUUUUGCAGUAUGGAAGUGACAAAAUCACAAAAUACAUUCGGAACAUGGUCCGAAUUCUUAAUUGUAUGCUUUGAUCUCAUUGGAAUACUGUACAUUUUCACGUAGAGGUUGGCUUCAUGUCUUUCGCCGACAAUAUCAUCCUGUUGUCAGACAGCGCCAAAGCGACUCAUUGGUGGCAGUAUCCUCCUGGGACUCAAUAUGUGUACAGUUACUUUGAAAGUGAUGGCUCUGAUCGCGAGGGUUGGGAAGAUGUUGUUUUCUUCGGACUGCAGUAUUUUCUGAAGCGGUAUUUGACAGGCCAAGUCAUCACAAAGGAAAAGAUUGAACAAGCAGGAAAGAUUUACGCACAGCACUUUGGAAACGGAAUUCAUGAAAAUCCAGGCCGUUUCUUCAAAGAGGGUUGGGAGUACAUUUUGGACACACACGGUGGCCAUCUACCUAUCAAGAUCAAGGCGCUUCCAGAAGGCCAGGUUGUGCCCACCAACACUGUACUGAUGACCGUUGUGAACACUGACCCAAGGUGCUAUUGGCUAACAAGUUUUGUGGAGAGUUUGCUGACGCAAGUAUGGUACUCCAUUACAAUGUGUACGGUCUCCCGAAUGAUGAAGCUGUGCAUUCAGCGGGGUCACGAGGAGACAGGUUGUGAGAAGCUACCAAUGGCGGUCCCAAAUUUCCAGCUGCAUGACAUUGGCUUCCAAAGUGCGUCUUCCGUGGAGUCUGCUGCGCUCAAUGCUUUGAGCCAUUUGGUCAAUUUCACUGGCUCAGACAGCCCCAUUGCCAACAUUUUGGCUUCAGAGUUUUAUGGAGCAACAGAGGCCACUGGCUACGCCAAGCCCAGUGUCAUUCCAUCAACUAUCAUCACUUGGGGUCCUGAGGGUGAGCUGGAGGCCAUGCGCAACAUCUUAGACCACCACGGCAGUGUGAGCUGCUCAAGCGAUUCCUUUGACACCAUGACUACAUGUCAGAAAUAUUGGGGCGAAGCACUGAGGGACAAGAUCAUAGACCGUUGCCAUCUUGAGGAGGCCAUCGCAAAGCAAGCUGAGAUCGGGCAGCUUUAUGUGCGACUCGAGAGGUGUGAUCCGGAUGAGAUUGUUGGCGUACUCAAGAUCCUCCUGGAAAAGUUUCCUGAAAUGGUGUUUAGCACGGGUACUGGUCACAAGGUUCUUCCACCUUAUGUCCGUGUGUGGGUGGCUGAGGGCGGUGACUACAAGUCCAUUCCCCCAGUGCUCCAGAGGUUAAAGGAGGAGGGGAUCGCCACUGUCAACCUCCGCUUUGGAAGAGGGAGUUCACAGCUGAAGGCUGAUCGUGACACCUUCAAGCUCAAUUUCAAAUGCUCCGAGGUGGUGGGCAGCGAGGCACGUGAGGUUGGAACAGCAAAGAAGGGAAAACUCACAUUGCAAAAAGCAGACAGCAUAGACCUAGACAGCUCCAGUGGUUACCCUGCAAACAGUCUGGGUGACAACACAGGGUUCUUGCACUUUAGCAAAGAUGGCAAAUAUGUGACAAUUGCCAGUGGCAGAGGCAAUCCAGAGAAGGAUUUGCUUGUUGAUGUCUUUGAAAAUGGCCAGCUUCUCAAGGAAUACACCUUCUCAGAAAUCCGACAGCGUGCAGAGGUGCCAAAUGGCAAGUGGUGCGUCAAUCCUCCCGAGUAUUAUAAGAAAGGCUGAAAAGCUAAAGCAGUGAAAGUGGAGUGUACAAAAGA